AUGUCAACCAAGGCCGCCACUUUCUUCGAGUUCAACCAGAACAACGACCUCGCCUCCGCGGCGCUAAAGGCGGCGGUGGACAAUGACUAUGACGCCUUCUUGGAUGCCUUGAAGGACGCAGAUAUGGACGAGGACGCCCUGGCCCUCUCCCAGGAGGAAUUCGAUCGCAUGGUGGAGGGCGUCAAGCCCUCUGGGGAGCUCGAUCUGGCUGUCUGGACGGGAUACUACGAAGCAACCGCUGGGGGCGAGUUCGCCUUUGCCAUCUUCCCUUCCUCUCCAACCACAGUGUACUGGGGAUUGCGCUCACAGCUACUGGACCAGCCCAAGACUUGUACUGCGCAAUAUCGGCUCUCGGGCACCCAGCUGGAGCUGACCACCAUAACGCACGGCGAGGUCACCAUCACGUUUGCUCGCCAGUAUGACGAAACUACCACUGAGGUGGUGACAACCAGCUUUCAGGCCUUGAUCAAGGGGAAAGACAAGAUCUCGGGCAUCCUGACCAUCCCACCUGUGCACGCAAGGGAACAAUAUUCACGGGCGGCGCUUGCCCUAUCCGCCGUCGGCGACGAGAAACCCUGGGAAAUCCCCUCCAUCUACGACAUUGCUUGGUUGUACGGGCCGGCCAUGGUUACCUACCUGGGUGGCCCCGCGGCCAUCUACCAGCUCGCGCAGUGGGCUCGAGAGGUGCCCCAGCGCCGCCAGGAAAUCUCCGACUUCUUGGAUCCAUUCGUCGUCCGCAUCCGGGACACCGUGCGACAGAUUGCGCGGCGCAACGCUGACACGCCCGAGGUGGAUCUGGAGGCGGCUCGUGAAGGCCUGCUGAACGACGUGAGGGAGCGGGCGAACCAGGAGAUGGCCGACAACCCGCCAGACUUUGAUCGCGAGUCAGCCGAGGCGACGACGGAGCGGUUGAGAGAGCCCGCGAUGCAGGAGACGGAAGCGAGCCUACGGCGGUUUGUCGAGGGCCGGGUUGGGCCUAUCCUUCAGGAGACGCUGGACCGGUGCAAGUUUGUGCAGAAUCCGGACCAGUUCAUCGAGGAAAUCAUCCGCCAGAAGGUCAGCGAGAUGAUCGAGCCUCAUCUCAAGGCGUUGGGCCCCUCGAGUAGCUACGACGUGGCUGUCAGACCCCCUGUGUACGACGUGUACGCCGAGCACUGCCGCAACAACUACAAUGACAAGGAACAGGCCGAGAAGGGGGCCGAGCGGGAGCUGGCCGAGGCGAGAAGACACACCCAGACGGUCCAGGGUGAUCUGACGGCCAUCAAGAAGAAGAUCGAAGAGGAUGAACGCGAGGGGAAGGAUACCAGCGCCGAGGAGGUCCGCAAAACCCAGCUUGAACACGACCUGGAUGAUGCUACCGCUGUUGAAAGAGAAAAGGAGGCUUCCAAGACCCAGGCAGAGAAGGACCAAACUGAUGCUGAGAGGAAGAGGGACAAGGCAGAGAAGGACAAGCGGGAGGAUCAUUCAGGAGAAAAAUGGGAGAAGAAAGUGAGAGAAGCAUUGAGGUGA